AUGGGUGACGAGGAGGUUGCCGCGUUGGUGGUGGACAACGGCAGCGGCAUGUGCAAGGCCGGCUUCGCGGGCGACGACGCGCCGCGCGCAGUCUUCCCCUCCAUCGUGGGCCGCCCCAAGAUGCCGGGCAUCAUGGUGGGCAUGGACCAGAAGGAUUCGUACGUCGGCGAUGAGGCCCAGUCCAAGAGAG